CAGUAAAGAACUACUUGCGAUCAUGGCUGUUUUCUCGUUCAAGCUCGUCAUCCUAGUUGCUGUUUUCAUCGGACAGUCUACCGUUUCUCACCAGUCCAAUUGUUGCGGAUCUUCAAGUGCGUGUUCGUCUUCCAGAUUCAAGGUUCCUGGCCCAAACUGGAAGCAAUGUGUCUGGAAAAACGGCAACGAUGCCAGAGAUAACGGAGAAGUUCAUGAAUGCCUGUUUUACAAACAACGAGCCGAUUCGUACCUCAGGGUUGCCUAUCAAGGCAAUAUUCGAGUUUCCUGCCGCAAAAUUUGCUGUAAACGAUGGUUCUUCACUUUUAACAAGGUGGAAUGUUCAACUCCAGCGCCAAUAGAUGCCCUAGUUUAUCAAGAAUUAGGAGCAUGGUCUUUAAACAUCCACCGUUCUGCUACCCAGGAGGGGUACUGUGGGGGCAUUGGUAAAGGGAUCGUUAGGGUGGGGUUCUCGGUAGGUAACUGUUCUGGUUUUGGAGAUGCUGACGCUCACACUAGCUGGAAUUCUGUGAGCAGGAUUGUCAUUGAAGAAGUCAACCCUCCUCAGGCAUGAUUCCCUAAAACACAUGUAACUGAACCAGUUAAGGUAUUAAACCUGUAAAGCUGAUUGAAGCCAAAUAAAAGAGAUCAAAUAUUGUUGAUUGAA